AUGUCUAGAACAUCCAAUUACAUUGUUCAUGCCCAUUAUAAUGGAGAGAUUUUCAUCUCUGAGAAUUCCGGUUUCGGAUUUCAAAAUACAGAUCUUACCCGAUUAACCAUGAGUAGAAAAGCAAAUUUUGUGCAUUUCAAAGAGCGCAUACAGUCGAAGAUUUUGUCUGGUCAAAUCUCCCAGAUCAUUUACAGAAGUCCUGUUUUUUUUGAUAACAAUGAGGUCAAGUAUUUUCAAGAGAAAAUACUUGACAACAGCGAUGUUGAUCAAAUGUUCGAUAGUCACGAACAAUCUGGCCUCGACUAUAUCGAGGUUUAUCUGUUACUCUGCCAAACUGAACAUGAGGUUGGUGAAACAACGGAUAUAGAUGAAAUUGAUGUUGUGGACGAGGAGGAAGAAGAUCCAGAGACCAUGGUUGAUCAAAUGGUUAAUUUGUUCGGGAGCGGGGACUACUCUGCAAUGACUCCCCUGCAAGACAUAGAUGAAGAGGCCCUACCAUUAAAUCAAGUGUAUUGUCCUCCUUAA